AUGACACACUAUAUCACCCUUUCAGCGUGUUCUGUGUCUGUUCAGAGGGAGAAAUAUCAGCGAGAGCAGGAGAAGCUGAAGGAGGAGUGGGAGAAAGCGCAGAGAGAAGUGGAAGAGGAGGAGAGGAGACACCAUGAAGAGGUGCGAAAGACAGAUACUGGAGGAAACCGUGACCCCACUGACCCCUCACACAUCAGGUUUAUCAUCCAGUAUGGUGACAGAAGCUCCGCCCCCCACCAGCCCUCGGCCCCAUGUGACACCAUUGUCCUCUCUUUGGCUGACUGGGAAAGGAAACAGGAAGUGCUGGAGAAGCAGGCGGACCAGAGUAACAGACACAGCCCUGAUCAAGUAAACACAGCAGCUCAGCAGAACGGUCAGAGAACUGAGCCUCAGGAGAGCCAAACAGCUACACCACAACUGCAGUUUAUACAGGAUGGCUCUUGGAGCAAUAAGACUAAAGAAAGGCAAGAGGAUUUGAAGAAAACUGCUUCACUGGAUCGUAAACAGAGUCCACCCCAGAGCCAGACCACAAAGAUGAGGAGGACUGGGUCGUGUGAAAAUGUUUUAGGGACACACCCAUCAAAAUCACCCACACCUUCACAAGACACACCACCUCCAUCACCCAGCAGGUCAGUCAGUGGAAAGAAGCUUUGCUCCAGUUGUGCACAUCCGUUGGGUAAAGGAGCAGCCAUGAUCAUUGAAAGCUUGGGGUUGUACUUCCAUAUUCAGUGUUUUAAGUGUGGCAUAUGUAAAGGGUUACUGGGCGACUCAAGUGCUGGAACUGAUGUCAGAAUUCGAAAUGGACUUCUUAAUUGUCAAGAAUGCUACAUAAAAUCAAGGGCUGCUGGCCAGCCAACAACAUUGUGAUGCCUCUGCACAUCUCACAACUGAAAUCUUAAACCAUCCCUGGAACAUAACCAACAACAAAAAUGUUUAUUCAAUGUUUCCAACAGUUUUCCUUACAGCACAAUCAAGCACACAAAUGAUGGCUUUUCCUUCUGGACUAUUUGACUGUUUUUGCACCUUCUUGCUUACACGGUAAAGAAUAUUACAGCGAUUACAGCAGUCUGUUCAUACUGUGACAAUAAGAAGUACUGGUAGCACUUUACCUCACAGUGGCCAUGUUACACACAUUUCAAUAGCGAUAAGGCCUGAAAAUGCUUCACGCAAAUAAAGAUGUGCUUUCUUGCAUUAAUGUGCACUAUCCAACCUCCGUACUAAAGGUGGUGAUCGAGAUAAAUACCUGUGCCAUUAACUCAAAUAAUAUUUAGGUAGCCAAAAGCUACUAAUAUAUACAAUUCAGGGUACUAAUAUGUACCUUAAAAGUACUAAUUUAGAGAGUGCAUAAAUGUUUAUAAAAAUCUAAAACCAAGAUUGCAGAAAUUGCAAAAACUGUUGCAGAUAUUUCAUUUUAUUAGAUGUUUUAGCCAGUGAGAUUUUUGGAUGCCUUUAUAAGUGUGAAAGUGACACCAUACUUUAGUAUGCACACUACUACUGCGUAGACAGAAACAUCUGCCUUUGUGCACUUGUUUAGAGGAUGUUUUUGGCCUAACAGCACUGACAUGGAAUUCUAAACUUGAACUACUAUUGACUACAUGUUGUUCAAGUACUUUCUUAUGUAAAUGCAUUGUAACAUGGGCACUGUAAUGUAGAGUGAGACUGAAUCCAUGUCUGUUGUGGAACAUGAGGUAGCACAAGCAUCCAGUUUUCAUUCAAGAACAUGUGCAUCUAUUAUUUUAUGAGUGAUUAAUAAUGUCAGUUUUUGUAAAGGUCUUGCAGGUAUCUCACAUUGUUCUUAUAUGCUCGGCACUAACAGACGAAAGCAUGAUGUUGUGCGACUUUUAGGCCUAUAGAUGAUUUGUCCUGAAGCCUUAACAGACAACACGAAGUGAAUACAGAAAAGAUUGUCCAUCACUUUUAUUUACUUGGAGUGGUUUUGAUUGACAAGUUCUGUUCCUCCAUUAUCCUGUUUGAUCAGUGAGGGUUUGAUACUUUAUUUGUGCAGUAUUGUUUAAAACCAUGGAAACAGCAUGCUGCUUAAGGUAGAUCUUACAUUUCCAUUUCAUUCUUUUUCAAACUUUGUUAUUAAUAUUUACGUUUUUGCUCUGCAGUUGAGUGGUGAGAUUGCAUGAUCUCUGAAACUUUACAUUACAAUGUCCAUGUUACACGUACAUUACAAGCUAAUAAAUUAAUAACAUUAACUGCAAAGAAGCUCCACAUAAUCAGAAGUAUAUUAUGUAAUAAACACUGUAAUGUAAAGUGUAAUCCUUUUCUUUUAGCUUUUGAAAUUAUUCCGUUACCAACGGUUUAAUGUGUUCUGUUGCCUUUCUCUCUUCUGCAAUGUUGUGCCUUAGAAAUGCGCUCCUAGAUAAUGUCUAUGUCAGCCACCCUUGCAUCCAAAGCUUCAAGUUACCAAUGUGUAUUGGUGAGAGUAUUAUGCAUAUGCACUGAGCACUCUGCUUUUACCCUUGUACUUUAUUCGAACACCAUGAAUGUGCGAGCAAGAUAUUUAAUAAUGAAACUCACACCCUCUGUAAGUUCUUCACUCAUGUGCAUUUAGACAUGUACAAUUAUUAAAUAUCUAUAUUUAUCUAAAUCAACUGGAAAGGAUUUCAAUCCAAAUCUCACCAAAAUAUCAAACUACAAGGACAGAUUGCAAUUAGCAGCUGCUUUUUAACUUCUGUUUAUGCUUUCUGUUAAUAUUUGAGAUUUAAAGGCAUUGUCAUUUUAGAUCCGGGGGGUUUUGACUGUUGCUUGUAUAUCGUUUGUUUUAUUUUAGUGGCAAUGUUAGAAUAUGAACUGACCCAGAAGUAAGGCAAUAAUUACUGGAAAGAGUAGCCAAGGAUGAGUGAGAUGUGUGUGACAAAUACUUUCAUAUUCUGUAUUUAUUUUAAAAAUGAGCGAUAUAAGACAACCUACAAGACGCUGAAAUGCAAUGGCUUUUAUAGCAAGUGUAUGUUUUUAAUAAACUGUAAUAAACUAUUUUAAAUGCA